AUGACAGGAGCUGAAAAGACAGGCAAGAGCCCAAGGUUCUACCCGGCGGAAGAUGCCAAGCCCUCCAAGCCAACAUACAGAGUUCGACAGAACCCACCCAAGAUCCGCAAAUCGAUCACUCCUGGAACUAUCUUGAUCAUAUUGGCGGGUCGUUUCCGUGGAAAGCGUGUGGUAUUCCUGAAAGCUCUGGAGUCGGGUCUCCUGUUGGUAUCGGGACCUUACAAAAUCAAUGGUGUGCCGCUUCGACGAAUCAACCAAGCUUAUGUAAUUGCUACCUCCACCAAGAUUGAUGUUAGUGGAGUUGAUGUCUCCAAAAUAGAUGAUGCCUACUUUGGACGAGCCAAUGAUGCACCAAAGGCAGAAGGUGAAGAUGAAUUCUUUUCAGGUGAUGCUCCCAAGCCUGCUGUUGUCAGCGACCAACGCAAAACCGACCAAAAAGCUGUUGAUGAUGUCAUUCUAAAGACCAUUGGCACCACCGAAAUGUUAGAGGGAUACUUGGCAGCACAUUUCUCUCUUUCGGCAAGUGACAAACCGCAUUUGCUGCAGUUCUAA